UCCCACUCUUUAACAACACCACCACACCGCUCUCCUUCACACCAAUGGCGAGUACAGCGCCCCUGGCUCUGCUCUUCGCCGUCUUCGUCCUCGCCGGAGGCCGAUUUCCGACAGCGGUAGGGUCCCGUCCACCGUUCGCCUGCGACCCCCGUGAUGCUCGGACGCGGUCCUUCCCGUUCUGCUCGCCGUCGCUUCCGGUGACCCAGAGGGUCAGGGACCUGCUCGGCCGGCUGACGCUGGCGGAGAAGGUGCAGCUGCUGGUGAACAAUGCGGCGCCGGUGCCCCGCCUGGGCAUCGCCCGGUACGAGUGGUGGUCCGAGGCGCUCCACGGCGUGUCGAAUGUCGGGCCCGGCACUCGGUUCGGAGGCGCGGUCCCCGGGGCCACCAGCUUCCCUCAGGUCAUCCUCACGGCUGCCUCCUUCAAUGCUUCGCUCUGGUACGAGAUCGGCAGGGUGGUGUCCACGGAGGCGAGGGCGAUGUACAACGCGGGAUCGGCGGGCCUGACGUACUGGAGCCCCAACGUGAACGUGUUCCGGGACCCGAGGUGGGGCCGCGGGCAGGAGACGCCCGGCGAGGACCCGGCGGUGGCCGGCAAGUACGCGGCUCAGUACGUGCGCGGCCUGCAGGAUGUGCCCUUCGGCAAGGACGCCUCCCGCCUCAAGGUCGCCGCCUGCUGCAAGCACUACACCGCCUACGACCUCGACAACUGGCGAGGCAACGAUCGCUUCCAUUUCAAUGCCAAGGUGAGCAAGCAGGAUCUGGAGGACACCUACCAGGUGCCGUUCAAGGCGUGCGUGGUGGAAGGGAGGGCGGCAAGCGUCAUGUGCUCCUACAACCAGGUCAAUGGCGUUCCCACCUGCGCGGACCCGGCACUCCUCAAGGGCACCGUCCGGGGCAUGUGGGGCCUCAACGGAUACAUAGUAUCGGACUGUGAUUCUUUAGCAGUACUGUACAACUUUCAACACUACACAAGUAAUCCAGAGGAUGCAGUUGCAGCGACGCUAAGAGCAGGUCUGGAUUUGGAUUGUGGACCCUUCUUGGCCCAACAUGCAGAGGACGCAGUCCGGAAAGGUAAGGUAGGGGAGAAGGAGAUCGAUGCUGCACUCGUGCAUACCAUGACGGUACAGAUGCGGCUGGGUAUGUUCGAUGGCGAUCCGUCUGCGCAGCCGCUCGGCCACCUCGGUCCUGCCGACGUCUGCACUCCAGCAAACCAGGAGCUGGCCCUUGAAGCUGCUCGGCAGGGGAUAGUCCUCCUUAAGAACCAGGGCAAUGUCCUUCCCCUAUCCCCUGCCCGUCUCCGGACCGUCGCCGUCAUUGGCCCCAACUCGGACGCCACGGUCACCAUGAUCGGCAACUAUGCAGGUGUUCCUUGCAGAUACACAAGCCCCCUUCAGGGCAUCACCAGGUACGUGAAAACAAGUCACAAUGCUGGCUGCAGAAAUGUCAAAUGCGCUGAGACCGAGCUCUUUGGGAGAGCCGCUACAGUAGCUCGACAUACGGAUGCCACCAUCCUUGUCAUGGGAUUGGAUCAAACCAUAGAGGCUGAGGCCCGAGACAGAGAAAGCUUGCUCCUUCCUGGUCAUCAAACGGAUCUGGUGUUACAGGUAGCCAGGACUUCAAGAGGCCCUGUGAUCUUGGUGCUGAUGAGUGGCGGUCCGGUCGAUCUGUCUUUUGCCAAGAAGGAACCGAAGGUUGCCGGCAUCCUGUGGGCUGGUUAUCCGGGUCAAGCCGGCGGUGCAGCCAUCGCCGAUGUCAUCUUCGGAGCAUCUAAUCCUGGAGGAAAGCUGCCCAUGACAUGGUACCCUCAAGAGUAUGUAACCAAGGUGCCCAUGACAAGCAUGAGCAUGCGGGCAACAGGGGGCUACCCAGGUCGAACCUACCGUUUCUAUCAAGGCGAGCAGGUCUACCCUUUUGGUUAUGGACUGAGCUACACAACCUUCACCCAGGCACUGGCCGAAGCUCCUACCAUGGUCUCUGUGCCGCUCGAUGGCAAGCGUAAUUGUGGAAGCAAUGGGACUGCAAACUGCCAGGCAGUCCGGGUCACGCACGCCCGGUGCGACGGCCUUUUCUUGAAUGUCCAUGUUGAUGUAAAGAACACAGGGACAAGAGAUGGCUCGCACGUACUAAUGGUCUACUCGACGCCUCCAGCUGGUCACCAGGCGCCGAUCAAACAGUUAGUUGCGUUUGAGAGGGUUCACUUGCAGGCCAGCGCUCAGCAGCAGGUGAGAUUUGCCAUAGAUGUGUGUAAAGAUCUCAGCAUUGUUGAUGGCAUGGGAAUUCAGAGGCUGCCCAUGGGUCCUCAUGUUCUCCAAAUUGGGGAUUUGAGGCACCUUGUCUCCCUACAAGCAGGGGGAGAUCUAUAGUCUCAAAAUGUUGUCACUUUGUGUGCUACAAAAACUAGUUAGCAUUUGGGAAAAGGGAGAAAAGAAGAAGAAUUGAAGUCAAUAAACUUGGGCAAGUGGUGGUACUUCUUGAUAUCUGACGAAGUUCACAUGUCAUUCAAUAUUUGUGAAAAAUAUUGUUUGAAGGGACUGCAGAACAAAGAGAGUGUCCCCAAAUCUACUUAGUGUCUUGUAAAAAAGACGUAGCUCAGUAAUUGUACAUCAGCAUGUACCCAAAUGAAGGGGCAGCAUGCUUGGUAUUAGCAUUUGAUGUGAUUGUCCCUUUGGUGACCUGGUUUUUUCUAUAUUAAGUUUUAGUGAAUUGGUCGCA